AUGGGACGGCAAGCGGGCACCGGCGGCGGCCAGCAGAAGCUGCGCAAGGGGCUGUGGUCUCCCGAGGAGGACGAGAAGCUCUACAAUCACAUCAUCCGCUACGGGGUCGGGUGCUGGAGCUCUGUGCCCAAACUCGCCGGUCUGCAGAGGUGCGGCAAGAGCUGCCGGCUGCGGUGGAUCAACUACCUGCGCCCCGACCUGAAGCGGGGAAGCUUCUCGCAGCAGGAGGAGGACGCCAUCAUCGGCCUGCAUGAGAUCCUAGGGAACAGGUGGUCGCAGAUUGCAUCUCACUUGCCGGGCCGGACGGACAAUGAGAUCAAGAACUUCUGGAACAGCUGCCUCAAGAAGAAGCUGCGGCAGCGCGGCAUCGACCCGAGCACCCACAAACCCCUCUCCGGCGCGGCUGGGGCGGAGCUGCACCAGGCGUCGUCGAAAGACCAGAAGCCACAGGCCGCCGCCGCCGACGGCUUCGCCCUGAAGCUGCAGCAGGUGUUCGACCCGUUCCCGGCGGCCGACGCCUUCGGCGGCGGCUUCGUGGGGCUGUACGACGAGCACCUCGGCGGCAAGGUCGACGCGGCCGGGUUCGUGGACUACAGCAGCGUGCUUGACGUGUCGGAGAACCUGGGCUACGGCGAGAGCUCCAGCAACAGCAGCAACUGGAACUGCCAGCCGGAGGCGAGCAAUGCGCUGGAGCCGGGCGAGGCGCUGCAGUGGGCCUCCGAGAGCAAGGUGGAGCCUUUCAUCGGCAGCUACGACGACGCCGCCGGCGAGGAGGGCGCGCUGGAGCACAAGUUCGAGCUGCCCGGCCAGCAAGAGGCGCAUUUUGACUUCAACCUCGAGUACUUUUGAGCGAGGCGUCUCUGCGUUUAGCCGUUGCCGUAUAUAUACACACAUAAUUUUUACUGCACAAUUGCGCGCAUGCAAGACCAACCCGUGGGAGAUUAGAGGCUGUACUUUGUUAAUCUUCUCUAGUCCCUGCUCCUUUAACAAUAUUGUCCCUUUGAGGUUCUCUCUCUUUUUUGUGGCUUUUCCAUGGCUAAAAUAAGAGGUUAUAGAAAUGUGAAGGCUGUGUAGUUUACUAUAUACGAGAUUAUUUUGUAAGAAGAAGUCUCUUGCUCUACUCUUUUGCUACCACUUGGAAGAUCGUGUGCUGUGUUUUCCUCUCCUGAAGAAGAAACUAUCAUUGGCUCUUA